GAUAAGGAUUAUUCCUCUCUCGCAGUUCUGCAUCUGGGGACACUUUCCAAACUGUCCUGGCCCAGAGCUUGAGCAAAGUGGUUUAAUAUUGAAGAUAGAUCUAAGAUGGAAGUUUGACAGGAAACUCCUGAGGUCCCUCCCCAAAAACCAAAAUGUAGCUCUGAUCCCACAAAAGGGAGUGGUGGAGAUAGAUUAAGUUGCAGUGAUAAGCCAAGGCGGAGACUUAUGAUACCAGAAAAGCCAUGGGCCGGGUCAGGAUAUCAGGGUUGGCUCAGGCAGGGCUGAUGUGGCAAAAUCUGGCUGUGCCCUAUAAAUCCAGCCCCAGUCUUAGCAUCGUGCGCAGCCCCAGUCCGAAGGACAGAGUACCCUGUUGCAAAGAAGAAGCCAUGGAGAGACGGAUCUGUGUUGCAUUCCUGGCCAUUUGUCUCUUGCUGCUGGGAGGCACUAAGGCAGCUCCCCUGAACUCACACAGCUUUGAUGGGAAUAUAGCCGGGGAUGGCAGCUUCAACAACAAUGGGAAUGGCCUUGAGCCCCCAGUCAUCUCUGACCCUCUGGGUGCCUCAGGGAACCAUGAGAGCUUUGACGGGAACACGGUCGGCCGGCACGGCUUCAAUGACAAUGGGAAUGGCCUUGAGCCCCCAGUCAUCUUUGACCCUCUGGGUGCCUCAGGGAACCAUGAGAGCUUUGACGGGAACACGGUCGGCCGGCACGGCUUCAAUGACAAUGGGAAUGGCCUUGAGCCCCCAGUCAUCUUUGACCCUCUGGGUGCCUCAGGGAACCAUGAGAGCUUUGACGGGAACACGGUCGGCCGGCACAGCUUCAAUGACAAUGGGAAUGGCCUUGAGCCCCCAGUCAUCUUUGACCCUCUGGGUGCCUCAGGGAACCAUGAGAGCUUUGACGGGAACACGGUCGGCCGGCACGGCUUCAAUGACAAUGGGAAUGGCUUCUAGUCAUCUAUGACUCUUGAUAAGUUUCACACCUGCUGAUUUCCCCCAUCAUCCUGAAUCUGCCCGGUCAUUGAAGAAUUUUGCUUAAAGCACGCAAAGACCCCAUGUCUUCUCCCUGGUGCACUGCAUAUAAACCUGGAUCUUACACCAC